AUGGAGGAUAAAUUUGAUGUUGUUUUUCACCAUGGAGGGAAGUUUAUGAAGAAUGGGUCACUUAAGUACGAGGGAGAAAGUACAACUUUCUCUUUUGACCCAGACGUUUGGAGUUAUUUCAUUAUUGUGGAUGUGGUAAAAAGUCUUGGAUAUGAAGACUUUAAGGAGUUAUGGUAUUGUGUAGGGGGUGGUUCUGUAUUAGAGAAUAGGUUAGAGCUUUUGACUAAUGAUACAGGAGCCAUGCAUAUGAUAAAUUUAGCUAGGCUCAACGGUCAAGUGCAUCUAUUUGUUGUUCACCUAGUCUCCCAACCUGAGAUCAUAUACAUGUUAGAAAAUGNNUGUCAUGAUAUAGGUGAAGGUGAAGGAGAAGUUGAAGGUGAGUGUGAAAAGGAAGGUAGUGGUCAGAGAGCUGAAGAAGGUGAUGAAAUUGAUGUGGAAUAUGAUGGAGAAUCAGCCACUGGGUUUUCUGAUAGUGAUGUGGAUGAUGGCAUAAAGUGUGAUGAUAACAGAGGGUUGUCUGAUGAAGAAUGGGAAUCUGAAGACCUCGAUAGUGGAGCAGAAAGUGAUGCAGCAGAUGAUGAAGAGAGUUAUGGCAAGUUUGUGACAUUUACUAUGCCUAAAUCAAUGGUUGANUACAAGUGGGAUUUGGGGACGUAUUUUGCUCAGAAGGAAGAUUUGUUGGAUGCCCUAAAAACCUAUGCAAUUCAAAAUGGUAGAAAUAUUAGAUACGUAAAAANUGAUAAGAAAAGGGUUAGGGCUAAAUGCAUGGGAUCUAAAGGAAAGUGUCCCUGGUUGGCAUAUUGUGGUUACAUGGAUUCAAUAAAAACAUGGCAAUUAAGGACUAUUGUUGACAACCACACUUGUAGCAGAGAUCAGAAGGUCAAAUUACUCAAUUCAAAAUGGCUGAGUAAGAGAUUGGAGAAAACUGUUAGAGAAAAUCCCAGAGUGAAGGGAGUGGACAUUGUUCAGAAGGUAAAUAGAAAGUGGAAUGUAGGUGUAUCUCAAUCCAUGGCUUAUAGGGCUAAAGCCAUUGCUUCNGACCAUGUUGAUGGGUCUUUCAAAGAGCAAUAUAAAAGGAUCUUUGAUUAUGCAAAUGAGAUCCUAACUCGUAAUCCUGGAUCCANAGUUCAGGUUAAGGUUGAACCAAAUGAAACCCUGCAAGGACCUAUAUUUAGGAGGUUUUAUGGACGCAAACAACCAAAUGCUACCUAUUGCAUAUGCCAUUGUGGAAGUGGAGAACAAGGCAACUUGGAAAUGGUUUAUAGAACUUCUGGUUGA